CUUCAUUCGUUUGUCUGCUCGCGUGCUUUACAGUUCAAAUUGUGCGAGGCCUCGAAAUAAAAGGCGAAUAUACAAAUUUUCAAAUAUAAUUUCUAAGUAAAUAAAUCAACGUAUAGUUCAAUAUAUUGUUGUGUGUGCCAAAUGCUUAGAAAACAUUUUGAGUUCUUCUAGUGCAAAGCAGCAUGUCAACAGAUAAUCCCACACAGCUGCUAACGACGCACGAUUUGAGCCACUUGCGAGGCCAACUACAGACGGCGGCAGCAACAAGCGCCGUGGUGGCAGCAGCAGCAGCUGCUGCACACGGAUACCACAGCGUGGCAGGCACAGCGGCCGCAGCGCCGCCAACAAACGGACACGGGCACGGACUGGGACUUGGAUUGGGACUGGGCCUUGGACACGGACACGCCCACAGUCACACGCACGGCCACGCCCACGCCCACACCCACACCCACAUGAAUUCUAACUCAAAGUACCUGCUGCUGCGUCACAAUGGCGGCAGCUUUACCGCCUACGAGAAUGCCACGCAGGCGGGCAACGCCUCAGCGGCAGCAGCAGCAGCCGCUGCCGGCAAUAUUGUGGUGCUGGCCACGGAGCCGAUGGAGCUGAGUGCGGCGGAUGCUAUGGGCGCGGCCGGUGCGGCGGCCGAUGAUGAUGAGCUGCGUCCGUUGUCCUGGCUGAAUGAGAGCAAUCUGAUCAAAGGUAUUGGGACCACACCGGCAACAACAACAACAACUGCAGCAGCAACAACGGCCGUGAAACGCAGUGUUGCUGCCGUGGCGCUGAAAACGUCGCCCACGACAACGGCAACAGCGACAACAACAACCACAGCAGGAGUUGGAGGAGGCGGCGGGGGAGGCGGAGGUGGUGGUGCUACAGCAGCUGCCACCGCCGAGCCUUACAACAUUUGCCUAGUGAACGACAUAAUCGAGGAGCUGUCGCACAGCGAUGCCAUCGAAUCGCAGUCACCACCCGCCGUCUAUAGCACCACAACGGUGCACAAGGGACCCAGCGGCACCACCACCGUGGUGGAGUACAAAGCGGCCAGCAGCAAACCGAAUGUCACAGCAGCGGGAGCAACCGUCACAGCUGGCUUCAUGCCGCGUGUUGCUGGCAACAGCUUCAUGCCGGCAGCAACAGUUGCCGCUGUCAAACAGCAGCAGCAGCAGCAGCAGCAGCAGCCGCAGAUCUUUGUCAGCAGCAAUGGGACGACUCCGACGGCUAGCUACAAGUCCAGUGGCAACACCACAACGCAUCAUCCGCACAAGAAAUAUCUGCGCGAGAAGAUGAAUGUGCAUGUGGAUCACAAUAGCAACAACAACAACAACAGCAACAUCACCACUAGCACCACCGUCGUUAGCAACAACAAUAUCAGCCAUGUGGUGGCUUCUACGGUUACCGUGGUCAGCUCGCCCGCCUCCUCAAACAACUCGACGCUCAGCUCCUGCUCCGCCUCGGGCUCCUCGACGGCGGCCGUCAAUGGGGGCAACAGUCCAGUGCCGAAGUCGAACAGCUUCAAUGCAGUAUUCGAUGCCGUCAACUACUCAGCGCCCAAUAGCAGCAGCAGCAGCAACAACAACAACAACAACAACAAUAACAACUGUAAUACCAUCACCACCGCCACAGCCACCGUCACCAACAAUAGCAACAGCAACAACACCAGCGAACAACAACAACAGCAACAGCAACAACACACAACACCACCAACGGUGGUUAGCACCACAACGUUGCCGCCUGGCUACAGUUUUGUUACCGCUCCACAUGUUAUCUCACAACAACCCGCCAAUAUUUCCUCACCGGAGACGCCGCCAGGUGCGGCGCUGUUGCCACCUGGGACCUACUACAGUGCGGUGCAGCCGCGUACGGGUGUGUUGCAGUUGUCGGUGACGCCACCGCCGCCAUCGAUGACGCCGACGGCGGUGCACAAUGGUUCUGGUUCCGGGCCUGGUUCCGGUUCCGGUUCCGGUUCCGUUUCGGCUGGCUCCGCUUCCGGCAUUGCCAAUCUGCGCAGCCCCAACAGCUAUGCCAGCUACGAGAACGAGGAUUCGCUCAAGGAGUUCGACAUCGGCCUUGGCAGCGGGGCGCGACUCCAUACGAGCACGCCUCAAUAUCAAUCAAUGUCCAAAAAUAACAAUAAUAAUAACAAUAGCAACAGCAACAACAACAACAACAGCAACUCAUCCGCAUAUGGCAGCUCCAAUCCUGGCAACAACAACAACAAUAGCAAUAGCAAUAGCAACAACAACAACAACAACACACCCCAAAAGCAAAAGCAUCCCAACAAUGUGCCAUAUGAUCCGUACGUGCAUACCAACAAUAAGCCGCCAUAUAGUUUUAGUUCCUUGAUCUUCAUGGCCAUCGAGGACUCGAACGAGAAAGCUCUGCCCGUUAAAGAGAUUUAUGCGUGGAUUGUGCAGCAUUUUCCCUACUUCAAGUCGGCGCCGAAUGGCUGGAAGAACAGCGUCCGUCACAAUCUCUCGCUGAACAAGAGUUUCGUCAAGGUGGAGAAGGCGCCCAACAUGGGCAAGGGCUCGCUGUGGCGCGUCGAGCCCCAGCAGCGACCAAAUCUCAUGCAGGCCCUCAAUCGUUCGCCCUACUUCCCCAACUCGGCCGUCGACAAGAUCAGUCCCAUGCUCAAGAGUCCCAAUUCUGGCAACGGUAAUGGCAAUAGCAAUGGCAAUGGCAAUGGGAAUGGGAAUGGUGCUGGCAGCAUUGCUAGCUACGAUAGCUUGGACGGCACUGGGACUGGGCCAGCGGCGUCUGUGACGCCCGUUAAGAACGGCAUUGCCGGCCAUGCGGUCACGUCCAAUGGGGGCGUGGCUGGUACGCCAGCUAUAGCGGGUGGCGGCAAUCAUCCUCGCUUCGAUCCGAAGCUGUUUCCUAAUCUGUCCAAGGCAUUUCGGAAUAUCGAGGAGCCGCAAUAUAUGCCGGCCGAUGCUGUCGAUGAGGAGCUGCCGGGCGACUAUGUGGCCAAUAGCAGCUGCAACAACAACAACAACAAUAAUAAUAACAACAACAACAACAACAAGUACAACUAUGCGAAUGGAACUGUUAAUGUGACAGUGGCAGCAGGAGCAGGAGCAGGAGCUGGAACUGGAGCUGGAGCUGUAGCUGUAACUGUAGCUGGAGCUGGUACCGUUUGUGCCUUAAAUUUCGAGCGGCUGGCACGGGACUGCGGCGCCGAUAGCAUCGAUGAUGUCCAUGCGGCAGCGGCGAUGCUGUUCCUUAAGCACGGCUCGAAGGCCUUUCUCGAAAGCUUUCCGAACGGCGCUCCAGUGAUAACUAGUUCUCCCAGCGAGGAUCACACCUAUUCGGCGGGCGGCAACAGCAAUGCGGAUAGCGGCGCUUCGACGCCCCUGAUCAAUGGCACGGGCAACGGUCCCAAUGCACAGCAGAUGCAGCCGGGUGUUGGCCAUGGCGGCGACAGCAAUUGCGCCAGCUCUGAUGCGGCCUACGACAGCAGCGAGGAGAAUCACAAUAUCACGGCCGAGGAGCUGGCCGAUCAGCAGCGUCAUCGUGACGGCGUCGACGCUCUGCUCUCGCUGUCGCGCUCUUCGAUCGUGGAGUGCGGCUCGUCGACAACGACAAGCCACUAUCACAGCAACGGCAGCAGCGGCAGCAGCCACGGCUCGCCGCACAAGCGUGCCUCCAGUCGCAGCAUCGAGGAGGAGAAAUGGCAGCAUCUCGACCUGCAAUAUCAACAGCAGCAGCAGCAGCAGCAGCACUCGCUCCAGACCAAUGCCGUCUAUACGAAUGGCAGCGGCAGCAAAAUGGCUUUGCUAAGCAGCGCUGCGGCCAAUGUGGCUGCUGCCGGCGCACUUGCCCAACAGCAGCAGCAGCAGCAGCAGCAGCAACUACAGCAACAACAACUACAGCAGCAGCAAAGGCCGCUCUACGAUGAGCUGUACAGUGCUAACGUGGUGACGGGCAGCAAUGCCUCCUCCAAUUUGUACUGGAGUGGCGGAGGUGCUGCGCCCGGUAAUGGGCCGUCCAUGCUGUCGAUAAGCGCCGCCAUGGUCAACACCGUGCCAGCCAAGAGCAAAGCCAAGCCGUUGCGUGGUGUGCGCACCAAGAGCAAGCGGAAGUCCAACUGGAUGCGGUGAAUAUGGCGCAAAGCUGGCGGCAGGCACUAGAGGCACAUAUAUAUAUAUAUAUAGUUGUGUUCUCUCUCUGUCUGCUGAACUGGCACACACACACACAAACUAGUACCCUCACCAUGCUGCUCGUACCAUUUGUUGUCUCUUUCUAAAGCGAUUUCUGUACAAUGCGUAGCAUUUAGUCAAAUGUUUUGGUUCCAAUCCAAUUUCAACUAUAUAUUAUUUACCCAUUCUCUGUGUUUAUUAUUAUUAUUAUUAUUAUUAUU